GGGAAAAACAAUGAAUGGGUGGAGAUGAUCAGCCCAUGCAUUCCAGCUAGUGCAGUCCAGGCAGCAAUGACAGCUUGAAGGUUGCAGCAGCAUCGGGAUCAGCAUUCCAAGUGCAUCAAUCUUACAGUCUGGAGUGAUUUUACGUGGAGCUGUUCUUUAUUUGCUGAGCCAUGGCCAGUAACCAGGCCAGCCUGCAGGAUGAUCAGAGCAGGCACUGCAAGUUCUUAUCCUACAUGUUCUACCAGGCUGUGAGAGAUCACAAGCCUGUGUGGAUGCUGGAAGACAUGAGAACUAUGGAGUAUUUUUACUGGGAGGAAAAUGCCAGCCUACGAACCUACUCACCUUCAGAAGCCCUUCUCUAUGCAGUGGUGCAUAAUCACCUGCCUUAUGCUCAGUAUCUGCUGUCUCAUUUUCCAGAGGAGGCUCUCAAGGUGCCUGGGGAACACUUCUGCUAUUGCCCAUCCUCUGCUCCUCACCUGGCCAUGGCGGUCACAUAUGACAGGAGAGAUAUCUUGGGACUGAUCAUCAAAAUUGCACACAAGCUCCCCAGCUUGAACUCCUAUAUCAAUAGGGCUGGCUGCUUUCAUCUGGAAGAUGGGAAAACACCCCUGCACCUUGCCUGUGAGCUGCUGAGGUCAGAGACGGUCCUCAUCCUCCUCGGGAAUGGAGCCUCUCCCAGGAUAGAGGACAGUAAAGGACUGACCCCGCUGGACGUCAUCCUGGAGCAGAUGUGGGACUCCAAAGUCAAUGUCGCAUCAAAGAAGCUCUGCCUUGACUACCUCUUGCUCUUCAUGCCCAACCCACAGUUUAAGAUGCGGAAAGUUCUGCAGGAGCAUCCAGACCACUGGACAGCUUUGCUGGGAGAAGACAAAUUCAACAGCCUGGUGGGGAACACACCUGCUUCUUUAUAUCUGCAAGCUAUGCAAACUAUUCUCCAGACUCUUCCCCCUUCCCACUUCCCUAAAAGCAUCCAGGAACUACCUAUACCUCAGGCACUAAAGCCCUUACCAUCCUAUGGCAAAAAGCUACCAGCAAAAAAUGUGGUAAAUGUUUUUCCUUGACUUUAUUCAAUGGGUCUUGGAUUUUCCAAGGCAACUUAGAGGAGCUGGUUAUCCACCACCCUCUGCAUUUUAGUGUGAUUUUAGUACUUAACCUAUUAGGCUAUGCUGGAAAAUCCAAUAUUUUGUGACAAAAUUUUAAAUGUCUUUUCUAACUGAUUGCAGGCACGGCACUUUUAAAGGCAAAAGGCUUCCUUGUUUUCUGUUUUAUUGUGCAUGUGAAGGGUUAACUGUAGUUGAGACUGUGUUGAGACUGUGUUAUGUUUGGUUUCUUAGUUGUCAGCUGGUAUCAGUGUAUCUGAAUUCCCAAUGUGAUAACUGUAUCCUGUGUAAUGCACCUGGGUUAAAAGGAACUACUUACCCAGUGGGAUUUUUAAAUGGUAUCACUGCUAGAGCUGGGAGAAAUACCAUCCCCUACCAACAAGGUUCAGACAUCAAGUUCCCUUUCUAACAAUGCUCAAGCAUUAUUAGUAAUAACCACAAAGUGCAUGGCUGAUGCUGCAGGGAUGCAGAAGCAGUUCCUGCAGGAUAACUGAUCUAUUGAGUUACUUUCCAGAAGGUCAUGGUGUGGAGGGCAUGAGUUGAGAGAGGGGCAGUGUGUGUAUAUUCCUGGGGGAUGGGAGAUAAAGAUCCACAGAACAGCUAAUGGGAAGAAUCCAGUCUCACCUGGGAGCGAGGGGGUUAAAGGCAAUCCCAGCCUUGGUGCCUCUACAGACUAGUGCAAUGGGGAAGGAACAAUUUUCCCCACUGUACAGUAAAAAAAUGGCAAUUGGAGCAGGGACAUUGGGAGCCCUGUCUUUCAUAUGUGACAUUAUUUCUCCUUGGCUUGUGUUUUGGAACAUAUCUCUACAGGAGAUGUAGCUGGCUUACUUGAUUUCCCUGUGGGUCUCAGAGCUAUAGGCAUUUGUUAUUUAUCCUAAGUUGGGGUAUGAUAUUCCGCUGCUAAAAGUUGUUACUUGCUGUCAAUUAGAGUGUUUUUGCCACCCAGGUCCAGACAGUAAUCCUUAGCCUGGAAGUUACAAAAUGUUCCCACUAACUGGGCACUGCAGGCAGGGUGAGUUUGCAGAAAGCGAGACUGGGUCUGGGCAGCCUUCUGGGUAGCUCUGAAUCACACUGCCCUCUCUGCUCAAGGCACUGGUUCUGCUCUCCUGGCUGUUCUCAGCAUCAACAGAGCAGUGGUAGAAUCCUAGCUCCCUUUGGGGGACAUCCCUUAUUUUGGACACCAGUGUUCCCCACUCCUUGUAAGCGCACCCUCUGUUCUGCUGAAGUAGCACGACUCACUUCCCCCGCCUGCACUGGGCAGCAGUGCAGAACUCACUCUCCCUCUUCAGCUGGAUUUGGGGCCCAAGGCUUGGGGCACAAACCACUUUCCACAGGCAGUAGCUAAGAAAGAUGUGCAGUCAAAUCUCCACUGCCUUGUGCAAAAAUGGCUCAUGUCUCCUCUGGCUAAUUCCCUGCCUGUGCCAAGGAGGCCGUGCUGGACUUGCUCCUGUCUUUCUGUCAACACAGGGAGCACUACCAUUUAAUUUCCCUCUGCUUGGGCUACCUCCUGUGUGCCAGGACACUGGCAAUGCCAGCCAUGGCCAGGUGGAGAUUUACUGUGAGGCUGCAGAACAUGCCGUUCACAACCACCUGGACCAUCCUUUCUGAGACACUGGGAUGCUCCUCCCAGCUAUCUCUUCCUGCAUGCUGUGGGAGCACCUCAGUUCCUGUGCCAUGUGCUAGGCCAGGUGAAUGAGCAGCCUUACUUGUGAGGUGGAGGAAAUGUCAGCCCUAAAAGUGGCAAGAAGACCAUGAAGGGGUUAACCCUUCUCCUGAAAUCCCACAUCUCUGGUGCUGCAGUGUCCCUCCACUCCUGCCCCUGGGGACUUGAAUGUCCUUCUCCAUCUGUGUCUAUUUCUCCUUGUUGAUGGGGAAGGCUGCAAAUGGGGAAAUGCAGGGUCAGCGUUGGGUGAGGUUUUGGGGGAAGCCUGCGCUCGACAGCUUGUGCUGCAGACAGAGGCUGUCACAGCUUGAGAAGCAAAGCAGAGCCCAAGGCAGAUUUGCAUUAUAAGCAGUGUCUCAGCUGCUUCUGCCAAGCCCUCAGGCUCCCCAGCACUGGAAGAUACUCCCCCAAAAACCCAGAGCUGGAGGCAGAGGACAGAGCAGGCUCUCGCUGCCCAUGGCUGCCUGGAGUGACUGUGCAGAGCACAGCCCCUGUGGCACCCCAGGAGUCCCGAGGAGCAGGACUGGGUUUGUCCCCAGCAGCACUGCGGUAUCUCAUCCGGAUGUCCGUGGGUGAGAGGCGGAGGAGGCUGGUGAAGGAUAUUAUUAGAAUAGUAAUUAGGUCCUGGAAGCAGAGAUCCCAGAAAAGGAGGAAAUGGAAAUCAUCCAGUGCUAUUGCACUGGCUCGAAACCAUGUGAGUUUCAGUGCUGUGAAGAGUUUCAGAAAAGACGGGAGGGAGGGGAGGGCUGUUCAUCUUACAAAUCCAAGGAGACAGGUAGGGACUGUUGGCAUUAUUGCCAGCACUUUCUAUUAAGGCAGGAGGCCAAACUCAGAGAGCCAGAGCAGCCCACUGGGAGCAAGUGAGUGUAAAAUGGUGCAGGGGUCUCUUGUUGGCUGCAAUAGUUGUGGAUCAAUGCAGUGGUCGGGAAUCAGGCACUUUAUAGGUGGGUUUGCAGCAGACAGCAGGAUGCCUGUGUGCAUGCAUUUGUCCAUGUGGGAGGCUCCCCUCAAUCCACCUGCUGAGAGAGAGGAUAGAAGAUGAAUUGUCUUGAAUAGUUUCUUUCUGGGACAUUCCUGUGACUGGUGCCCCAGCCUGGAAGAAAGCUGCUGGUCCAUUGUUGGCUAACACGGCCAAAAAUUCUGGUGUGUCCAGCCCAGAGUAUAACAGGCAAGUACCCACACAGGAAAGAUCACUCCACAGCCCCCUCAUUUCUCCUUUUCUUGACCAUUUUAGCAAGAGAUCGAGCACCAGCUAGCCCUCAAUCACAUCGGGCCUCCCAUGUGCAGUCCUAGUGGGACAAAGUUUUGGGUCAUUAGCACUGUGGUGACAACUCUUUCCAUUGCCUGUAGCAAUGUGACAGCAGGAUGGGCACUCCUGCUGGAAUAAGGAAAUCUUUUCCCUAGACCCUGUUUGCUUAUAUUGCGGUGAUCUGCCUGUUAGUUUGAUACCCCUUCAUCUUUGUCAAUACAGUGACAUUACAUCAGAUAUGGCCAAAUCUACCUCAGCCCCGUCUGUGUUGGCUUUUUCUCUCCAUUCUUUCCAAGCCAGGUCAUUAGCAAAAGUAAACUCAAAAACAUUUUGCAAUAUUUUCCUGCAACCUGACCAUCUUGAAAAAUCCCUAUGCUUGCAUGGCAAAUAUGUUGGUGGCUUUGUUAAUCAAAAAGGGUGCUGGGUGCUGUGAGGUGAUGUUUACAUUCUGCAUAUCUGCAUACUGAGUAAGUGUCGCUCAGAUCUGUAUUUCUGCACUUGGGAAAAAGAAUAAACAAGAGAGAAACAGGGAAAGGGUAAAGUCUUUUCUGAUCUUUGGAUUUAGGUUGGUUCUGCAGGUUACAUCUCCUUAAUUACAAUUUUGAGGAGUAGCAUUGUAAGGAUCUGAAUUGUCUGUAUGUAUGAGCCUUUGGUUUUGGUGAGAAGCACUUCAAUGAGUACAGUGUGGCAGAGUGAGUGAGUGAGUGAGUGAGUGAGUGAGUGAGUGAGUGAGUGAGUGAGUGAGUGAGUGAGUGAAAGCACACAGGUGUGUGUGUGUGCACGUGUGUGAGUGCCUGCCCUCUUGACACACGUGUGACUGUGUCUGCCCUCUUGUCAUACGUGUCUGCCUGCCCUCUUGUCGCACACGUGUGAGUGUCUGCCUGCCCUCUCCUGGCAAAUCCGUAACCUACUGGCAGCUCCCACCCACUGCACUCCUCGGACCAGCACUGAGCGAUGCGCUACGGAAGCAGCCUUUUCACGCGGUCAGUGUGUGUGUCCCGGGCCCCGUGCUGCUGACAGCAUCAUUAGCAGGAAGGACAGGCCAGAUUCUGACCUCAGUUACACCUCCCUACACCUGAAGUAACGCUUUUUAAGUUGGUUCCAUCACUACAGCUGUUUGUGGGUCUAAAGGAAAACAAACUGUUCGUGCAUUUGUGUUCUUCAAGGCUCCAUAAUUCUGACUUCAGCAUAUAAAUAAAUGUGAAACUUUAUCUCUGAAAA